AUGAGAGGUCGAGAGCAGACACAGCCGUCCCCGGUCUGCUCAAUUGGGACGGAAAGCCUGCACAGCGCAGAUGUGAGGAGCCGACGGUGGUUCGCUCCCGUGGGCAAUGCGCGAGGUGGGGAAACAAGCACGCAGAAGGUCGAGGCAGCCGAACCCAAGGACGUUCAGGCUGUGGCGGGGGAUGGUGACCAGCGCCCGCAUCACCUGCCUGACUCGAACGGUUUCAAGCAUGAAUCGACAGACGGGACCGAUGAGUGUUCCAACGCUGCGUUGUUCAAGGAGAUUGAGCAGCUACAGCGACUGCUUGGUCAGCACCUGAACGGAGAUACGCCGUCCAUGGACAGUCUUCAACAGCACAUCCACUGCCUCAACGCACGCCUGCAUCGAUUCCCCCAGGCCAAGGAGCAAACGCAUCGGGUGAAGCCAUUGACAAAAGAGGGGAGCGCCGUAGCAGGCAGUGCAGCAGAAGGAGGAGGCUGUACAGGCAACCUGAGUGUACAGUGCGGCCUGGAAGCCAACGAGCUAGCUCAGGAUGCAGAGCCUGCAGGCCGAAGGCGCGAUAUGCCUAAACGUAACUCAGUGCCGAUGGCGUCAAGCGUUGCGUCUCCGGAUCAGGCCGACCAAGAGACGAAACCUGUCGUCGAAAGGUUUGUCAGACGCACGCCAGUGAGCGGGUCGGUGACGCCCUAUGUGUGGUCCGGGGAUGUUCUAAACGCUCUUGACUGUGCACGAGGUGCUAGACACGCCGAGCCUUCUGAACACAGUGCAGGGGAUCCGGCUUCCCAGCGAAGUAGGACAGCUCGGACCUGGGGACGCGAAAGUCCCAAAAGCGCCGCAAUACGGCUUGAAAGGAAGGUCUGGCGUCAUCCGAGUAGUGAGCGCAACGAGCCCGAUGUCCCCAGCGGGGGACGAGGCUCCAUUGGUGCCAUGCUGCCGUCUGUGGCGCUGGGACAAGACACGCGGCAGGGUGGCAACCCCGUUGGAACACUGCGAGACACUUGUUUAAAUCAGGAAACGAAAUGUACACCUGAUGUUCCAGGCGCGAUGCAAACACCUGAAACGGGUAUCCGCAGCGUACCAGCGGCAUCUGGCCAAAGCCGGGAGCGGGUCUUUCCGACGACGAGCAGACAGUCUGGGCAAGCAGGCCUCGAAAAGACAGGCCCCGAAAAAACAGGCCUCGAGCAGCCAGGCUCUGUCUGCUUGUCAUCCAGGGUUCAUCCCUCAGACCUGGAACGGGAACGGGAACGGAAUCAGUCAGCUCCGUCAUCAGGAACCGCCGGUCGAGUGUCGGUGGAGGAUCCGCUCCAGGCGUGGCAGAGCAGCAAAACGUCCACCGCUGCUCCUAGCCUUUCCGCGGAGAGGGCACGUGAAGGGAAACGCCUCACGAGUUGUGCUGCAGAAGCUCUGUCGCCUGCAAGCAACGCGAUGUCGCCACCUUCGCCAGGCUCCACUUCCUCAGCGGCCUACUCGGUGGGAACACAGGUGAGCGCCGACGCCAUCGGUAACCGACGCACAGGAAGGUCACCUGAAGCCGAGGAGAGCAGGAACAGCCGGCGCGAAGUCCCUGAAGCUGCAUCGGCUGCCUGCGUGGAAGAACAGCGCAGUAGGUCAGAAGGCUUUAGGUGGGACUUAACUCCUCGGGGCAUCCAACACGAAAGCGCUCGCGCUGGCUUGCUCGACUGCUCGGCACGCGUCUUGCAGGCCGACAGAGCCGCAGACGAGGUGCCUGGCUGUCUCCGCCCGCGGGCCUCGUGGAUCCGCUUUCGCUCCGUCCGGCGGUUCGGCCGCCUCAAGCUGCGGCGGCGGUAUCGGAUCCGCGCCGUCAAAAACUGGAGAGAACACGACAGGGAGGAGCCUCGCCAAUCCCAAGAUGCCGCGACAGUCGCGACAGACCCUCGUUUCAGAGAGCCUCCACGUCCGGACUCUGGUACUGGCGCGUUCCGCGGUCGCCCCGCGGGACUGCCCACGACAGUCACGCCGCAGGUGGAGGUUAUCGUGGCCGCUCGCACAAGUCCAGCGCGGGAAGGCGAAACCCGCGCGACCGCGAGUGCGGCGGCAGCCGUCGCUGCAGCCUCUCUCCGAAACGCAGGCCAUGCGUUCGAGCCGCAGGCAUCUGCGAGAUCGACGACCGUGCAAGCGCCCGCUUGCAGAGAGAAGAUCCGAGAUCAGAAUGCAGUGAAGGCCGCGGAAGAACCCCCUGGUCUUGGGGGAUCGGAGGACGCCUCACAGGCCGUAGAGCGUUUGCCGCAUUGGCAGAACUCGCCAGCGUCGGCGGUUCCGAACUGCACUUUUUUCGAGCAACAGUCAAAAGUUGCCCGUCCACCACGAACUCUGCACAUAACGGAAGCAGCUGGCUUCACAGAUCUGGCGACUCCCGCCGUCGGCAGGGCCCCAGACGAGGGCCAAGCCGAUGCGGGACAGCAGGCCGGAGACGGGGACAGUCUUUCUUCUGGUUCACAGAGGAACCCCUCUUCCGACGGUCCCCGGAAACACGUGCGACACCCGAACGGGCUUUUUCGUCUGCGCAUACGCCGUUGGCGCACGCGUCCGCUGGGCCGGCACAUGCCUGCGGCGACGCAGAGGCUCCUGAAACGGGAGAGUGUCAGGCGGCAUCCAGGCGUGAGCGAGGGGGAUCCGGCGGCUGAAAACCGGGAAGUCGAGCGGACGCGGAACGUGCGGAGAAGACCGCCUCCAGCGUCGGCGAGGCGCGAGACGCAGGCCGUUGUGGUUCCGGGAUCGCGGACCGCAGGUCGCGCAGCAGCACGCGCAGCACGACGGAGACGUGCCUCGUCCUGUAGGCCUCCUGGAGACGCCGACGUGUGGAGGGCGAUCAGUGUUCCGUCAGCGGCGAAGGAAGAUCCGCAAAAGAGCUGUCCAGAUUUGUGUGCGCAUGCGGCUGCUUCUCCUCUGAGCGAGGCCAAGCUCAGCAUGAGACCGUCUCAGCAAUCCCGAGGAUGGCUGGCAGAAGGCGUGAGGGGCCUUCCACGCCACAUGGCUGAAAGAGCUGGCCAGCGGCAUGCAAAGGAGAAGCCCGGAAAACAGGAGACGAAGGACGCUGAAGACAAGAAAAAAGGCGGGGAGAGAGAUAGGCAGAGGAGAGCCAAGGCGCAGGCCCCAAGUUCGGACGGUCCCGGCAUCCUCAGAGGCGCCGAGAGAAGUUUCCAUGGCAGUCCACUAGCAGGGCCUCGCUUUGAAGACGUCCGUGAAGAGCGUCGCGAGCGUCAAAGUGUCAGGGGAGGAAGCGUUGAAAAACCGGACGAAACAGGUGCGGGGCAGAGACACGUGCGAAGUGUUACGGAGAGCCCAUCCCUGGCGCCGGCAGAGAAGGCGCCGAGGAAGAACUCGAGGAAAGCGCAACUCACACAGGAAACUGGCGACGUGAACUCGGAAUGUCCUGACACAGCCUCGCUGCUUUCUCCCUUCGAGGAGUUGUUUGGCUUGCCAGACCUCAUUCCUGACGAGUGGUACGGGGACGUGUCGAAGCGGUUCGAGGAGGUGCGCGACAAAACGCGUGUUCGCACGCUGUCGCGCAGCGCUGCCGGCGACGAGGCGGGCUUCCACCCUCCGUCUCCUUUCGUAGAGGAAACAUGCCAAGCAGCAGUUAGAGGCGAGCCUUCCCCAGUUCAGGAACUACAGGCCAUGCAGGUACAGAGGGAACAGCUGGAACAGAGGCGUCUAGAGGCAGUGCACGCGCUGAGCUCGCCUCAGGGAUCGCGUCGGGAUCCUGCAGGCACGCAUACUUCUCCCUGUCUCUCUUCCCCGCAAAUGCUCGACUUCGACUUCGACUCCGCAGACUUCGGAGCAUGCCAUUUUCCUGAAGACUUGCUUGAACUGAUCGGUUCGGUGGAGGAAUAUUCUCCCAGUGCACUGAGAGGCGGCCCGUGUCUCCCUCCCACGUGCAAGACGUGUCGAGAGUCCUCGAGCUCGGCGUCAUCUGGCCGUUUUCCGAGAAGCACUGAAGGUUCCCUUUCACCGUUCUCGACUUCAUCUUCCUCUUCUUUCUCAGCCUCGUCUCAAGAGGAAUCUGCAAGUUCCCCUAAUGAUCUCACGCCGCAGUCCCGUGUGGCCCGACGGACACCCCCCUCGUCCAGUGCUGAUUCAGAGAAAAGACGUUUGCGCAUGUCCAGAAAGGACCUUUCCUCUGAUUCCGUCAGCGAGAAAGCGUCGCUUCAAGGUGAAGAAACGGGCGAUGAGAAGUGGGAUGCGGAGCCAACGCAACUGAGGUUAAAAGUUCGAAGGCCGUCGAACGACGAAAGGCCUUCUUCUUCAACGUCUGAGACCGACGACUCCGACCUGGCGCAGUCAGGCGAUUCACCCGCGGACAGCCAAGGUCCGGGGAGUCUCUCAAGCUCUUCAGACGACGAAAAUGGAGACCAGGCACCGACGGCAUCGCCCGGCGCUUCCAUCGACAACUUAGGCAGGAUGCCUGGGAGAGCCACGAACUCCUUCAGUGACGCACGGUUCCACGGGACAGCGCUUCACACAGAGGCGCACGCACGCGGAACCUUUCGCACGCUUCAGAGAAACGCAAACCGGCUGUGUGGAGUCGAAGUGGAUCGGGGAAAACCUAGCGCUCAUUGGCGUCCGGCAGGCCGUCGUCGAAGAAGCCGCAGCCAGCCUCCCUUGUCAGGCGUGCCAAGACGCCGGAACCGCGCGCAACACAGUCGGCGGGAGGCGUGCCUGAAACAGAGGCUGUUAGCACUGGAAAGUGUGUGCAUGAGUCACGACGAGUACAUGAACCACUUUGCGCGGAAGAUGCGACUGACAGGGGCGAAGAACAAAGUUGCCUGUGUCGAGUUGACGAAGGCGAAAAGAGCUUUCACGCCGCACUGCUUUCUCGGCGGGGGCCGGGACUCCUCUUGGAAGGGUGACGGGCGAGACGAGGACUCGGGGACCGAAACAGGCACGCCCUCGCAACCUCCGUGGGGAGGCAGCGAAGACGCGAAAGCCUUCCGUUGUCCCCGUCACCGUUCCUACGUGCUGACGAUCGAGGCCGCCGUGUCCAGUUGUUUGCAGAAGCGGGGGUGGAUGAUGAACCGCCUCGUUAACACGCACUUUUUCGACCUCAAAUGGAAGAUCUCGGACGUCGACGAAGACUACCGGUGUCUGAGGCGGGAGCAGCUCUUCAACCACUUCCAGAACAACCGCGUCAUGACGACAAAGGCAGGCCUCUCGCGCAGUUUCCGUCUCCUGGCCGUCGAGGAGCAAGUGCGGACUGAAGCCUUCUUUCCCCGUUGCUACGACCUCAGCACUCUGGACGACUGCAUGGACUUCCUAGUCGAUUACAGCCGGUGCGAGGCAGUGACUGUGCUCAUGCACUAUCUACGGUGCUGCCAGGCGCCGAAGGAGGAGUUCGAGGCCGUCAUGCUCCAACCCGCCCCGGAGCCUUCUGUGAGACAGUCGAGCGUUCUCCUGCUCUGGAUGGCGCACCACAUCGUUUCCAGCUGGCUUCAUGAACUGGAACCCGACUACUUCCUUGACAGGCACGAUCCCCUGGGGGAGAGACGGAGGCUAGAUCCUCAGCGACUUGAAGUGUUUGCCACGCACGCCUGGAACGUCCGCUCGCAGCCGGCGGCCUUCCGACGUGCCUGGCACUCGCUGGCGAAAUGCGCCGACGGACGGAGCGCAGCCGGCGAGCGCGGAGCAGCGGGCAGCAGCGUCACACAAGUCUUGCCGAGGGAUAGCGCGUGGGUUGCAGGGAAGGACGCUUUCGACGGUCCCCCCUCCGACUGUUCAGCGACGCCCUCGGAGGCGCAGAUCCUCGAUGUUCUACGCGGAGUCCAGAAGGCGUGGCUCCUCUGGCGAGCCGAGAGAGGCGAUGUGGAUUUGGAGAAUCUGCGUUCAUCCGAGAAACCUGAAACAAAAGACGGGAGCGCAGCGCGCGACGCUCCACAAGAACCGCGGUGGCACCACCAUAACGUCUGGAUCAUGAAGCCGUCAAGCAGCUCUAAAGCUUCUGGAGUCUACUGCCUUAACAACCCAUGGGACAUCUUGAAAUCGGGACGCGGUUUGAGUGACCGGCUAGUGCAGAGGUACAUCGAGCGGCCCUUGCUGAUCUUUUCAGGGCGGAAGUUUGACAUGCGCCAGUGGGUGCUCAUUCGGAGCUUCGCUCCGCUGAAGGUGUACGCGUUUACAGACCUCUACUUGCGCCUAUGUUCAGAGCCCUACGACCUGCGAGAUCUGCACAACCGGUUCCGACAUAUCAGCAACUGGAACCUAAAUCGCUUGAACAGCGAGAUGCAGGACGGGCGUGGCCUAGGGAAGCAAGCAGGCGACCCAAAUGAAGACGUUUUCCCCGUCGCACCUCGAAUUUUUUCCGACUGCACUAAGCCUCUCGCGGAUCUCAGAGAGGCCCUAGAGCGAGCGACCGGGACGCCGAACUUCUGGGACCGCCGGAUAAAGCCUCAGAUUCGCAAACUGAUUCUGCAGACCGCUCGCGCGGCUCGUCCAGCGAUUGUUUCGCGUCCCAACUGCUUCGAGCUGUACGGCUUCGACAUCCUCUUGGAUGCGGAGUACCGGCCCUGGCUCGUCGAAGUCAACCUCAGUCCAGCCUGCGCCGCGCGCGCACCCUGGCACAAGCGAAUGGUCUCUUCAAUGACGCGUCAGUUGGUCCAGAUCCUUGUGGACGAACCACACAACUCACCGGUGAACGCCGACCCAUGCGGCGCUCCCAGCAACAAACCGACGUGGGAACUUCUAUUCGAUGAAUCCGUUCCGCCCAGUGACGCUGCGCGCACAUUCCCUCCCAUCGAACCGGACUUUUCCGGCACGUUUCCAGAGGCCGAGACAUGCACGCGGGCUGGUAAUCCUUUUCUCCAGUUCUACAGUCAGUACUCGAGUUCCAUCUGGGCACCGACUCGAGAACGUUCCCGGCAGAAAGCCUCGCGCGCUAACCAAUCCGACCCUCCCCACCUUCCAGCUGGCGGACCGCCCUAUUGGACGAGCCUCAGGACAGGCCUUCAUGGGGCUGCCAAGGGGAGGCGAGGGCCCGGGGUGCCUGUGGGCGGCAAGGCAGAUCUGUGGAACAAAUUCAUGGUCACUGGAGAGAGAAUGGAGAGACAGCAAAUUCUGGAGCUGGACAUGCGUGUCAGCGUCGACGAGGCAGUCCGGCGUCUCGCGCGUUGGUGGCGUAAGACCGCUUGGCGGCGUCGCGCAGCACGGAGGCGGAAAGUAAAAGUUCUUGAAGACAUUGAGCUAGACGUCUGCUUCGGGAACUGCUAG